UUUAUUUGUACUACAAGAUAGUUAGUUUAGUCGAAUGUGUACAUCGUUUGUGUGUUGUAGUUUUAAAACACGAAAUUAAGAAUCCGGUGUUUGCGUUGCUAGAUAAUAGCCAUUUCUUGACGCAAGCAUGUUUAGUAAACUUCGGAUUUAGCUAACGUUAGCUGCGCUAGCCCUAACGGAAGCCCUCCCUCGGGAAUUCGAGCCCAGGAGGUUCAGCAGGUUCCGAUGACCAUGAUUUCGACCCAUCGGCAGACAUGCUUGUCCAUGACUUUGAUGAUGAACGCACCCUGGAGGAAGAGGAAAUGUUGGAGGCAUCAGAUGAGACCAAUGCCAAUGAGAUUGAAGAUCUUGCACGGGAAGGAGAGAUGCCCAUUCACGAGCUGCUGAAUCUGUAUGGUUAUGGGGGCGGUUCACCAGCAGAUGAGGAUGAAGAGGAGGAGGAAGAACCAGAGGAAGAAGAGGAUGACGAGGAAGAGGAUGAGGAAGAGGACCUAGACAAUGAUGAAAGCAGCAGAAGCACUGGCGAGUUGAAGAGAAAUGAGGGUGAGCGUGUUAAGAACUCAUCAGGACAGGGGGAUGAGGCCCAGGUAACCUCUGAAGGUCGCACACGCCCAGUCAGGUCCCUUGGCACAGCAGAACUUAUUCGCCCCCAAAAACUCAAGUACUUUGAAAGUAAUAAUGAUGCAGAGGAGGAGUCAGAUGAAGAUGAGGACUAUGUUCCAUCUGAAGACUGGAAAAAGGAAAUCAUGGUGGGUUCCAUGUAUCAGGCAGAAACCCCUGUUGGCCUGUGUAAAUAUAAAGACAAUGAAAGAGUUUAUGAAAAUGAUGACCAGUUGUUGUGGAACCCUGAGUGUCUUCCUGAAGGCAAAGUGGUGGAGUUCUUGACAGAGGCAUCAAGGCGGACGGGAGAGGAGAAGGGAGUGGAUGCAAUCCCAGAGGGAUCCCAUAUCAAAGACAAUGAACAGGCAUUGUAUGAACUGGUGAAAUGUGACUUCGACACAGAGGAAGCUUUAAGAAGACUUAGGUUUAAUGUAAAAGCAGCCAGAGAGGAGCUAUCUGUCUGGACUGAAGAGGAAUGUAGAAAUUUUGAGCAAGGACUAAAAGCUUAUGGGAAAGACUUUCAUUUAAUACAGGCCAACAAGGUGAGAACUAGGUCUGUAGGAGAAUGUGUGGCCUUUUAUUACAUGUGGAAGAAGUCUGAGCGUUAUGAUUUCUUUGCACAGCAAACCAGACUUGGGAAAAGGAAAUACAACCUUCACCCUGGUGUCACAGACUACAUGGACAGAUUACUGGACGAGACGGAGAGCGCGACGUCCAGUAGGGCGGCGUCUCCUCCUCCCACCACCUCCAGCAGCAGCGCCAGCCACUCGGAGAGGGAAGACAGCAGCAGUCAGAACGGUAUUGCAAGCCACAACUCAAGCCACCCAGUGGAUGGCGCUCCGCUGCCCUCAGUGAAUCAAGUCAAACCUGAGUCAGUUCAGUCCAACGGUCCCUCCCAUCCAUUAGUGGAAGCUCCUCCUCCCAUUUCAGACAACAACUCCAACGGCUGCAGCCAACCCAGUGCACUCAGCCACGACCAAAAUGGUUCUCUGGAGCCUCUGCUGGACCACAGAGACACGGCAAUAGCACAUGAAAGGCCGGCCAAGAGAUGCAGGACGGAGGCAGAGCCGCUGGGCCAAAGUGAGGUGGAACCAUCCAGAACACAGCAGAACUGAAGGCUCCAGAGUUUGGUGAUGUUGACUAAUAGACACUGAAUUGGGGUGAAAAAUUGUCCCUACUUCCCCACUUAUGGGCAAGGGUUAAAGGGUGAUGAGGAAGAUGAGCCCUUCUUGGCCAGCGAGUGCAGUGUCUCCUGAGAGCAAAGACUCUUUAAAAAGGUCAAAGGUCACUUGAAGAACAAAGCCAACCAAACUGCAGCUGGUCCUCCAGGAGGGGCAGUGGCCGCCCAGUCUCCCCGUCCCUCCGACCCAUCCAUGUACCGACUGCCUGCAAAGCUCAUCCCAAAGUACCACAGCUCCAUCAUGUCCUACAAACAUCUUCUACCCAUCGUCUUUAUUCCCUUUCUGGAGACUGACUGACAAAAUUUUGCCAAGAAUUUCUUUUUUCUAUUUGUACUCAAAGAAAAUAAAUCACCUGUGAUAUUUUUUUACACAAGAGAUAUUUAUAUUUUUUAACAAAAGAAAACUAUGAUGGGUAAUUUCUGUUCAAGCUAUUUGAACAUUUGAUGAAACGGGACAUGUUUUAAACGAUUAUGUGCUUAAGUUGUCAAAAAGAGGCAAAGCAGGCAAACACAAGUUGAGUAAGGCUGGUGCUGUCGCUGGCCCUCUUUAGUUGCACUUUGAUUGUAUGUUUCUCAUCUUUAUUGAUAAGGAGUGGUGUCGAUAGCCAGCAGAAUUACAUUUUCACUCUUUCACUUCUGAACCCGCUCUGGCCUCUAUCAUGGCUGUUUGUUUAAUUAUGAUAAAUAAACCAAUGGGUUAGUCCCCCCACAGGUUUGUUUGUGUAAAGCAGCUGACAUCAGUGAUGUCCUGUAAUAUGACUCAUCAUGUAGAAGAUCGCUGUAUUUUUGGAUUUUCAUGGUCAUUGCUUUGCUCAACGCUUUGUUUUUACUAGACAGACUGUCCGUGAUUUUUAAUGUAAAGUUUAUAUAGAUUUCUUACCUUGAGCAGCUGGUACAUUUUUUUACAACUGUCUGUUCAUCUCUGUAUUUUCUGGUCUUCCUUGUAGGCUGUGCUUUUCGUUGAGAAAUCUUUCGCCUAUGUUGCUCUGAGAUGGAUGUAAUAAAAAAAAAAGUAGCCAUUCCUCUUUCCCUCUCUGUUUGGCAGCACUUAACCAUUCCUGUGUGAAUCUGCUCAAUGUUUGUUGCAGAGAGCCUCAUCUUUUGUGCAUAAAAAAAGUUGAGUGUGCUGCUUGCCUUUGGUUUAAAAACCUCUGCUGACUCAAAGUGCUUAGUGAGUGGCUUCAGAGCAGUGGAUUUCCAUUCCAGCAGUUAAACAGACCAGGUUGCUAAGGGGGUGUGACUUGGAAGACCUUCAUUUGUUUUGGUACAGUCAGUAGCUGUUCAGCUUACGCUUAAGUGUUUUACGUUGUACUCCAGCUUUGAACUUACAUUCACAAAUUAAGAUAAGUUUGUCUCAAAUAAUGUUGAUCCAUGUAGUCUUUCUUUUCUUUUGUUGACAAUGAUGUCUUUUUUUUCUCUGUAAAUGACGACAUGAAUAAAAAUGAAGUGUAUUCCAAGACUGGCUAUGAAUGGAAUAACAUUGGCUAUAUUUAAUAAAUGUAUUAAUGAGU